AUGAACAUGGCAUAUCGCACUAUUAGUACCACGAAGCGUUCAGGCGUAAUUGUUUUCCUACACCCAAAAAAAACUGACAGCAAAUCUCCAUACUUACUUUAUUUGUUGAAACUUAACAAUGAUGAACUCGAAAACAAAGGGCAAGAACGUGUUUUCGAACUCCGAAAUGUAUGUUGGGUUACCAUGUGCGGCUUAAUUCCGCGCGCUUCGCGAUCCCACCAGCUACUCUCUGUCGUCUUUCUCCUGCUUCUCGUACCCCUUUAUCUUUUCUUUUACAUCUUUUCCAUUCUCUUUUCAUAUUUACUUGAAUCAGUUUUUCUGUUUCUUCUGCGGUGUCAUCCAAUUUAUUCGUCAUAUCGUGGGGUAUCUUUUCCAGUGUGUCCAAGUGUCCUAAAUGAAUUACAAUGUUCCUUCGUCUCCCGGGUGUACGCCGCCUUCUUCACCAUGCAAAUCACAAACAGAGUCGCCAGAGGACCCGCCGCUUCUCCUUAG